GUCUUCCCCAUCUCUUCUCAACCUCAUUUUCUAUAUAUACGGACCUAGUAAACCUUGGCCUUGGACGCUUUGUCUUAGCUUAUCCGAGAAAGAUCUAAAGAACUUCGGGAAAGAAAGAAGACCCAUAUAUUAGUUGGAUCAUCUGAAGACAAAACAUCAGACGACCAGCGAAGAGAAGGGAACGAGUACUUGAAAUGGGCAGGCCUCCUUGUUGUGAUAAAGAGGGGGUCAAGAAAGGACCAUGGACUCCUGAAGAAGAUAUCUUGUUGGUCUCCUAUAUUCAUGAACAUGGUCCUGGAAAUUGGAGGGCUGUUCCUACCAAUACAGGGUUGCUAAGAUGUAGUAAGAGUUGCAGACUUAGAUGGACUAAUUACCUCAGGCCAGGGAUCAAACGCGGCAACUUUACAGACCAGGAGGAGAAGAUCAUAAUCCACCUUCAAACCCUGUUGGGCAACAGAUGGGCUGCCAUAGCUUCGUACCUCCCACAGAGAACAGAUAAUGACAUUAAAAACUAUUGGAACACCCAUUUAAAGAAGAAGCUUAAAAAGUUUCAAACAGGCCCAGAAGAACACACCAGAGAUGGUUUUUCAGCUUCGCAGCCAAUGCCCCGAGGUCAGUGGGAGAGAAGGCUCCAAACUGACAUCCACAUGGCCAAGCAAGCUCUCCGUGACGCCCUAUCCCAGGAGAAACAAAGCUACUUGUCCGAAUUGAAGUCCUCCAAUGACUACUGCUCUAAUGCAAUACCAGCUCAAUCAUCAAGUACCUAUGCAUCAAGCACAGAGAACAUAGCCCGGCUGCUAAAAGGUUGGAUGAGAAAUCCACAAAAUCCAUCUCAAACAAACUCGGCGAUGACUCAAAAUUCCUUAAACAGAAUGAGUGGAACUGAUUCUGUAUCCAGUGAGGGAACUCCAAGUAAGGCAAACGACAAGGACCAGCAUAUACCAUGCGAGGCGUUUGAUUCGCUUUUUGGUUUCGAGUCUUUCGACUCUUCACAUUCUGAUACGUCGACACAGUCGAUGUCACCUGAGGCAAGCCUUUUCCAAGAUGAAAGCAAGCCGGAUUCGGGUGAUCUACUGCCGUUGUCAUUGCUUGAGAAGUGGUUGUUUGAUGAAGGUGCUAAUCAAGGGAAAGAUUUCCUUAGCGAUAUCACAUUAGAUGACAGUACUGCUAAUCUUUUCUGAAAUGAUUGUUGUUGUUGUUUUGGGUCUUCGUAUAUCGUUAUAGGUCUUGAACUAAUGAAUAUCACAGUUGGCUUAGUACUGAUAGUUUGUUUAGUGCUAAAACAAAAGUGCAAAUUUGACAUCAUUGUGUUAAAUCAUGUCUUGAUUGAGAAUAAACUAGCUAGAGUCUUGUAUCUGGUGCUAUAUAUUGAAAAUUAAUAGUUGAUACAAUUUAAAAUCCUAA